UAUUUAUAUAUAUCUUGUUUGAUGUAUGUAUGCAUACAGCAUAAUCUUGUCUUCAUAUUUCACGUUUUGUUUGCUUUGUAUCUUAACCGGUAAGACCCAUUCCCUCAAGUCGUACCUCUCAAGUCUCCACAACUCUUUCUCGAAUUUUGGCUACAAAUUUUUGUAGAUACAUGCAUAAAUACGAGUUCCAGACUCUCCGUAUGUGUGUGUUUAUAUAUAGAUAUAUGUUUGUAUUUUAUUUUUAUUUUUUGUUGAAAAUGAUACUUGUGAAGAAUGAAGUUUUGAAGGUGUUAAUUUUUGUGGGAGUUGAUUAACCUGGUUUCUCAUUAAUGUGCUUUGAUUUGUGGCUUGAUUAGGUCCUUUUCUUGGGUUAAAGUUUUUAUCUUGUAAAACGGAUUUGGUUUUAUUUAAUAAUGGAUCUGUUUUUCAGGGGGAAAAAAAAGUUAUUGACUAUGUUAACUUGGUUGAUAUGUAUUCUUGUCGAAUUGUUUUUCAAAGAAAUGUCUUAAUGGCUGCAGUUUCACGGGUUUAUGCAAUUUCUCAGGUCACAAUAAAGAGAAAACGAAAAAAUUGUUCCUUGCAAGAGACUGGUUAAAGAGAAAGGUGACGAAGCAUAAUUAAUUUCUGGACACCAAUACUAGUGGAAUUGCAUUUGUUAAUGGAUAAAUAUGAUCUAUUGCAUUUUGGGGAUUUAAAGUAAGGUCUAUUAAUGUAUUGGGAGAUGGCUUCAGUUGAAUCAACUCAAAAUGGAGACUGCAUUGAUGCUAUGUCUGUCGACUUGUUACUUCCGUUGUCAUCCUCUGAAGCAUGUGACGAUUUUGGAGAGCCUGAGAUGCUUCCUCGAAUUGGAGAUGAGCAUCAAGUUCAAAUUCCAUCCCUUUUAGGAGAGACCAAUUGUAUUUCUUACACAAGGAAUGUAUCAUCUGCACAAAAUGAAGCCCAUUUGGACAACAAAUUUUAUAUCGGGCUACCCAUACCAUUAAUAUUGGUGAGCAAGGAAGGUGAAUGCCCGAAGCAAGGAAAGUUGGAACUUCCAAGUGAACCAAAAACCAAUCCAGGCUCCGGACAAUCAGAAUCUAAACAUAUCAAAACAACAGAGAUUUUUUCCCAUGAUGAGAAUGUUGGAAUCAUCAUUGGGCCUUUGCAUAAUACAGGAGAUACUGGGGGACCAGCAGAAGAAUCAAAAGAAUUACCAUCAGAUGAGAAAUUGAGUACUAGCAGUGGUCGAAAAUUUCUUUUGCUUCCCGGAUUUGUUAGUGAUUGUUUGAGUGACAUUGAGAAGGAACCAUUCCUGCUGGGUUUGUACAUUUUUGGAAAAAAUUUCGUUCAACUGACGCGAUUCAUUGAAAAAGGGACGGGGACUGUACUUUCAUUUUAUUACGGUAAGUUCUAUAGGUCCCGUGAAUACCAAAGAUGGUCAGAAUGCCGGAAGAUGAAAAGCCGAAGAUCUGUGCAUGGACACAAGAUAUUUUCUGGACUGAGGCAGCAAGAGUUGCUCACUCGUAUACUUCCCAGUGUGUCAGAAGAAUGCCAAAAUGCUUUGUUGGAGGUCUGUAAAACAUUUGGGGAAGGAAAGAUGUCACUAGAAGACUACGUCUUCUCUUUGAAGACAAUGGUUGGGACAAACAUUCUAGUAAAAGCUGUUGGAAUUGGCAAAGGAAAGCAAGAUCUCACGGGAAUGGCCUUUGAAAUUUCAAGGUCCAAUCAAGUUAUCCCAAUUCGCCCAGAGAUACCAACUGGGAAAGCGUGCUCGGCUCUUACACCCAGUGAAAUCGUGAAUUUUCUAACUGGGGACUACCGGUUGAGCAAAGCUCGGUCAAAUGAUCUAUUCUGGGAAGCUGUUUGGCCUCGGUUGUUGGCAAGAGGUUGGCAUUCGGAGGAGCCUAAGAAUCAGGGUUAUGCUGCUGUUUCCAUGUAUUCUCUGGUAUUUCUCGUGCCGGGCAUCAAUAAAUUUUCAAGAAGGAAAUUAGUGAAAGGCGAGCACUAUUUUGAUUGUGUAGCUGAUGUCUUGAGCAAGGUUGCCAGAGAACCUGGGUUGCUUGAGCUUGAAAAUGAAGAGGAUGAAAAGAACAAGAACAAAGAAGAGUAUAAGUGGACCAGUGAAAGUAAGUUACUGAAAGAUGAUGAUGAGCCGCCUAUAAGGCAACACCAUUUUUAUCUUCAACCUCGCACCCCUAAAUGGAAUACAGAUGCAAUGACAUUUACAGUUGUAGAUACAAGUUCUGCGGAUGGAAAACCUUGUAAAUUGAGGAGCCUACCAUUUGAAAUCUCAAACACAAUAAUUUCUCAAAACCGUUCUGAAGAUAGAAACGGGGAUACCCAUGAUGAGGCUACCGAUGAAUCUGACAUUGUUGAUACCAUGUUAGUUGAUGACAGUGAGACAAAUAAUACCAAUCUAGGUACAACUAAAUCCAAUCUGGAAAUGCUUCCUGGCAGGAAAGAUUGUGAUACUAUAUGCCAAGGAAGUGAUAUUUCAGUGACUAAAUUGAAGAACAAAAAGGAUUUGCACCAGGACAAGCAAUCAAGAAAUUUGGUAAAAUCCCGGUUGAGCCGAAAACUGAAACGGGAAAAUGUGGACAAUAUGGCUCCUUCUACCAAACGGCAUCGGAAACUAACUGCUUGUAGUGGUAAUGAGACAAGCAACGGUGUGACUCAUUCAACUUUGGUUCCCAGUCAGGAAAAUGAAAUAAUUAGUUUGUGCUCAGGUAGUCAUGGAUUUACUGAGAAUAUAUCUGCUCAAGCGGGUUCAUCACAAGAAAAGUUGUCAUACACCGGUUCAUCGAAAGGUAGCCCUACUGGGAGUGUUGAAUGUACAGAACCUCAUCUACGGCACCUUCAAAGUCAUUCAUUGAUUGAUCUAAACUUGCCUCAAGUUUCCCCAGACUUAGAGAAUGCUGUCUUAACAACAGAAAUAAUUAAAGAGGAAGAUGAGCGAAUACUCAAGCCAGAUGAUCAUUGUCCUCUACCCUCCACUUCAGGGGAGCAGCCUAACCCAAAUCUGCAUAGGCACAGCACGAGAAACCGACCUCUAACAGCAAAAGCAUUGGAAGCUCUGGCAAGCGGAUUUUUAACUACAAAUCGGAAGCGGAAAAAUAAAGACACCACUUCACGUGAGAAUUUGACACCAAGACCUCGACGGUAUGCCCAAGACAUAGUGGCUCUAAAUGAGUUCAGCAAUGAUACCGUGACUUCCCAAAUUCAAGAAGGUGAGAAUGGCGUGUCUAACAGUGGUGACAGCAAUGUGCGAGACAAAUUUCAGGUUUUAAAAGACGAAAAUGGGAACCCGGUAUUAGGCCUCUGAGGUUUUGAUAAGCUAGCCAUGAGUAGUAGGAACUGGAUUUCAGCAGUUUGGGUUGUUAUAUCACCAUUCUUAUGCGGAGAGCACUUCACAUCGUUUAUUCUGGUGCACUAGUUUCUACUGCAUUUGCUGUUCGCAUGUUUUACCAGACAUGAUAUAACAUCCAGCGCAUAUUUCUUAGAAGGAAUGUACACUCUCCAAAGGUAAUAACUUGUAAUUUUAUCAGAUUUACUUCCUGCAAUCGAGAUCAUAGUCGGCAGAAACUGGAGACUGAAGAAGAGCACUGCCCCACCCAUUGAAGCCGAAGAAGUUCUGAUAAAAUGACAUUUAUAACCUGUCGAUUGGUAGCAGAUGCCUGGUCAGUUAUUUGAGAGAAGAAGAAGUUCAAGUUGCUUUCUGAUAUUCUCAUGUUGCUGAAUUUUUUAUAUGUUCCCAUAUGAUCCUAGCGACAGUUUUGGCUGGUAAUCCAUCAUUUUCCGGCCACCCUCUUCAACAAAUCGGCAAAUGAAUAUAUUUAAGACAACAUUUCAUAAUUAUCUUGGCAACCAACUCGUGUUCUGAAACGAAAAUGUUCGUGACAAUUCUUGAUCUAAUUUGACCAUAUAUGCAUUAGGAUCUAGAUUAAUGGAGAUAAAAGAGGAUCGAACUGACAGCGGUUCCAUAUGUUGUAACCCUUUCAAGGUAGAUGAAUGUGAAGACAAUGACUUUUUCUGUUGCAUGGAUUAUAGCAA